CCGUCCGUCUGUCGGUAUUGGGAAUACGCGAAUCGAGUUCACUGAUAUUUAUCGUCGUAUUAUCUCGUACGCUAAUAAAAUAAAAUAUUUCUAUGAUAAUAUAUUACGAAAUUCAUACGUUCACAUAAUAUAUCCUGUGAUACGCGCGGGGUGUUUCCUGUGAUGUUGGAAAAAAAUGUGUUUUGUUAAGUGACCAAUUAUUUUGCUUGUUUUUUUUCGCGUUUGUCGGCGCCAGAAUGUCUGAUGAGCUCGAAGCUCGGAUGUGGGACGAUGGAGCGUCCAGGUACGAGUCCAGAGGUCGUGGCCCUUACUUCGAGUCAGCUUUCGCCUCAUCAGAACACUUGGACAGAGCCCCUUUGUUGUCUGAGGAAACGUACACGGACGUACCGGUGGCGCCAUCUUCGGACGUGGAGCACUGUCAUUGGCCGCCGCCUGCGCAGCCGCCCAGCGCAAUACCACAGCUUCUUAUAGCUCUAGUUUUAUGUGGAAUUUUUAUGGUAUGCGAGCUUAUCGGCGGGUAUCUAGCAGGCAGUCUAUCAGUGAUGAGCGAUGCGGCUCACAUGCUCAGCGACUGCGGUGGAUUCGCCCUGGCACUGCUCGCCUUCCACUGCGCGAAACGACGACCUGAUGUCCACAUGUCUUACGGGUAUAAACGUGCUGAGGUCCUGGGCGCGAUGCUAUCAGUCCUCCUGAUCUGGAUUCUGACGGGGAUCUUCGUGUACGUGGCUGUCGUGAGACUGCACACGGGGGAGUACAACAUCGAGCCGGAUAUGAUGAUGAUUGUGUCUGGUUGUGGAGUCGGGUUCAAUGUUAUUCUGGCGCUGGUGUUACAUGGCUGCGCCUCGGAUAUAGCUCACCACCACACGCACGGCGGCGCGGCGUGUUCCCAUGCGCACGCGCACUCACACAACACAGGCAGCUCGCGCGGCUGGCGACUGUUCCGGCGAGCUCGUGACCACAAGCACGCCAACGGCGCGCUCGCUAAUGGAGACUAUAACAUGAAGGAUCUCGCCACCGUCGAAGCUAGCGUUGUGGGUUCCCAGCCUAGGAAUAUAAAUCUUCGUGCGGCACUAAUCCACGUGAUUGGUGACCUCAUACAGAGCUGCGGAGUGCUGCUCGCUUCCAUAUUAAUAAAGUUCUAUCCUGAAGCCAAAGUGGUGGAUCCGAUCUGUACGUUCGUAUUCAGUUUCCUGGUGCUACUGACGUCGGCGCAGGUCGUCAGGGAUGCACUGGCCAUGCUAAUGCAAGCUGUGCCCAAGAACUUCAGGUACCGGGAGUGCGUGGCGGCGCUAUCGUCGGUGCCGGGAGUGCGCCACGUACACUCGCUACACGUGUGGGCACUCUCCACGCACUACGUCGUACUGUCCGCGCAUAUUGCUAUAGGUAUGUAUUACUUCUUUGUCUCUUAA